ACAAACCAAAACCCAAACUACACCAAAAAUAAAUACCACCACACACUCAGUCCUCACUCCUCACCUUCACUAUCUCUCUAUAAUUUGACUUGUAAAGCUCAAUUCUUAUAGUUCUGAUCAAGCCUCAAGCAUUUCAAGAGUUCAGUUUUCCUUUGGUUUCUUAAAUCUUUGACAAAGAAAUAUGGCUGGAACUGGUUUGUUUACAGAGAUACUGGAUGGAGAAGCUUACAAGUACUACUCUGAUGGAGAAUGGAAGAAAUCAUCUUCUGGUAAACUUGUUCCCAUCAUCAACCCAACUACAAGAAAGGUUCACUACAAGGUUCAAGCUUGUACACAAGAAGAGGUUAACAAGGUUAUGGAAUCAUCAAAAACUGCACAGAAAUUAUGGGCCAAGACUCCACUUUGGAAAAGAGCAGAGCUACUUCACAAGGCUGCUUCUAUCCUCAAAGAGCACAAAGCUCCAAUUGCAGAGUGCUUGGUUAAAGAAAUUGCUAAGCCUGCUAAAGAUGCUGUUACAGAGGUUGUGAGGUCUGGAGAUUUGAUCUCUUACACUGCUGAAGAAGGGGUCAGGAUUCUUGGUGAAGGGAAGUUCUUGAUGUCUGAUAGUUUUCCUGGAAAUGAAAGAACCAAGUACUGCCUGACUUCCAAGAUUCCACUUGGUGUGGUUCUAGCCAUUCCUCCUUUUAACUAUCCUGUCAACCUUGCCGUCUCAAAAAUUGCUCCUGCACUGAUUGCUGGAAACUCUCUUGUGCUCAAACCCCCAACUCAGGGUGCUGUUUCUGCCCUUCAUAUGGUACAUUGUUUCCACUUGGCUGGUUUUCCCAAAGGCCUUAUUAGCUGUGUCACUGGAAAAGGUUCUGAGAUAGGUGACUUCCUUACCAUGCAUCCUGGAGUCAAUUGUAUUAGCUUCACUGGUGGUGACACUGGUGUUGCCAUUUCAAAGAAGGCAGGCAUGAUCCCUCUUCAGAUGGAGUUGGGAGGUAAAGAUGCCUGCAUUGUUCUUGAAGAUGCUGACCUUGAUUUGGUGGCCGCAAACAUAAUAAAAGGAGGUUUUUCCUACAGUGGUCAGAGAUGUACUGCUGUCAAGGUUGUGCUGGUAAUGGAAUCUGUUGCGGAUCCCCUGGUGGAGAAAGUGAAGGCCAAGGUGGCAAAGUUAACUGUCGGGCCACCCGAGGAGGACUGUGACAUCACUCCAGUUGUGUCGGAAUCAUCUGCAAACUAUAUUGAAGGGUUGGUUAUGGAUGCAAAACAGAAAGAAGCAACAUUUUGCCAGGAAUACAAAAGAGAAGGGAACCUUAUCUGGCCUUUGUUGUUAGAUAAUGUCAGACCUGAUAUGAGAAUUGCUUGGGAAGAGCCAUUCGGUCCGGUUUUGCCAGUCAUUAGGAUUAGUACCAUUGAAGAAGGUAUCCACCACUGCAAUGCUAGCAAUUUCGGACUACAGGGCUGUGUGUUCACCAAAGACAUCAACAAGGCAAUGUUGAUCAGUGAUGCAAUGGAGACAGGAACAGUUCAGAUAAACUCGGCGCCUGCUCGCGGUCCAGAUCACUUUCCAUUUCAGGGUAUAAAGGACAGUGGAAUUGGGUCACAGGGAAUCACCAACAGCAUCAACAUGAUGACCAAGAUCAAGACCACUGUAAUCAACUUACCAACCCCUUCUUACACCAUGGGUUAGUAAGUUGUGUUAAAUAAAGAAAGAAUCAUAGUAUUCAGAGCGAGCUAGCUAAUUAAUAAUUUCAUUUAGCAGACCGAUUAGUAAACUGUCUAAGUGUGAAUUUUAGGCUGCAGACUGUAACAUAUUACGAUCUUCUACGACGUAAUGGAGUUGAUGAGAAAGAUGAAUAACUGGGAUAUUCUUUCCAAACCGCAAGCUGUAUCAUGUGUAUUUAGCUCAUGUCAUAGCUCUUGCAAGAAUUUGAGGCUUCUUUUCUGUACUAAAUAGCUUUGUAUGUUACCCAACUAUUUUGAAACAUCUUAAUAAGAAGUUGUGCUACUAUGCCAAGUUUUGAA